AUGCCGUUUUUAUCAAAAACGUUGAUAGAAAUAACGAUAGCCAAACUGAUUCUGCAAGAAUACUUUCAGGAAGAUUUUCAUUUUACUCCAUAUUCAAUAAUAAGUUAUGUGUUACUUGGUCGGAAAACUAUGAUAAACAAAAGUAAUGAAUCGCAUAAAAUUAUUUUUGAUAUUCCUAAAUGGACUGAUCUAUCACUGAAUCAAGAUAUAAAUUCAAUGAAGAAAAGGAAGCAACAGAAUUUAGCGAUUCAAAUAACAAAUAAGAGAAUUUGUAGUAAACAGUAUGGCUCAAAUACUUUAAAUGAUAAUGAUAAUGAUUUUAUAUUAUUGGAAUGA